GCGCCCGGAUUGGCGGGUCUCGCUGACCACUCAGGAAUGGCCCAGGCUCCCGUCGAGCCCGGGGAGUCGAGCUGAGCCUAGCCGAGCGGGGGCCCCAGCUGGCGGCCCCGGCCUAGGCCCUGCGUGCGGCGCGGGGCCCUCCCGGCCGAGGCCUUCAGAGGGCUGGCCCGCGCCGGGAUGGGGCCCCCGGGGGCAGGCACCUCCGGGUCCUGUCCCUCGCAGGGUGCCAGUGCCAGCUGGGGGUGCGUCCGGGUUCCCCUUAGGCCGGGGUUCUCGGCGCUCAGGCUCGGGAGGGACGGGCUUGCCUGUCCUGAAUGUUUCUACACUCAGGAGUGCAUCUCACAGUCUUCUAUAAUCUCCGGAGGGAAAUUCCCUGUGUUCAGGAUUCUAACUUGGAGGGACCAUGGAGCAGUAUACAGCGAACAGCAAUAGUUCAACAGAGCAGAUUGUUGUGCAGGCUGGUCCGAUUCAGCAGCAGCUCUUCCUGUUCCUGUUCUCAGCAGCAGGGUGGUGUCACUGCUGUCCAGUUGCAGACUGAGGCCCAGGUGGCAUCCGCCUCAGGCCAGCAAGUCCAGACCCUCCAGGUAGUCCAGGGGCAGCCAUUAAUGGUGCAGGUCAGUGGAGGCCAGUUAAUCACAUCAACUGGCCAACCCAUCAUGGUCCAGGCUGUUCCUGGUGGACAAGGUCAAACCAUCAUGCAAGUACCUGUAUCUGGAUCCCAGGGUUUGCAGCAGAUCCAGUUGGUCCCACCUGGACAGAUCCAGAUCCAGGGUGGGCAGGCUGUGCAAGUGCAGGGCCAGCAGGGCCAAACCCAGCAGAUCAUCAUCCAGCAGCCCCAGACAGCUGUUACUGCUGGCCAGACCCAGACACAGCAGCAAAUUGCUGUCCAGGGGCAGCAAGUGGCACAGACUGCUGAAGGGCAGACCAUUGUUUAUCAGCCAGUUAAUGCAGACGGUACCAUUCUCCAGCAAGUUACAGUCCCUGUUUCAGGCAUGAUCACCAUCCCAGCGGCGAGUUUGGCGGGAGCACAGAUUGUUCAGACAGGAGCCAACACCAAUACAACCAGCAGUGGACAAGGGACUGUCACUGUGACACUGCCAGUGGCAGGCAAUGUGGUCAAUUCAGGAGGGAUGGUCAUGAUGGUGCCUGGUGCUGGGUCUGUGCCUGCUAUUCAAAGAAUCCCUCUACCUGGGGCAGAGAUGCUCGAAGAAGAGCCUCUCUAUGUGAAUGCCAAACAGUAUCACCGCAUACUUAAGAGGAGGCAAGCCCGAGCCAAACUAGAGGCAGAAGGGAAAAUUCCAAAGGAAAGAAGGAAAUAUCUGCAUGAGUCUCGGCACCGUCAUGCCAUGGCACGGAAGCGUGGUGAAGGUGGGCGAUUUUUCUCUCCGAAAGAAAAGGAUAGUCCUCAUAUGCAGGAUCCAAGCCAAGCAGAUGAAGAAGCAAUGACACAGAUCAUCCGAGUGUCCUAACCCCAAGCCAUGUGAUGGAGAUGAUCAAGGUCAUGUUCCUCACCACUGUUCCAGGAAAUUGAUCACUUCUUCCAAUGGGACACUGAUGAUCACAUUCUGCCCUUUUCUACAGGACAGAAACCCACUUAGUUUUUCAAAGUGGCUUGGUAUUAUAAUUGCAGCAGUGUCUGGCAAAUUGAAGUUGCAAGGCUUUGUCUCACCCUUUCAGUCCGGACCUAUUUUAGACUGUUGAUGACAUUGACGUUUCAUGGACUAGGAUGAUGCAAGGGACUCAUGCCAGCCCAACAGUACCACACACAGCACUUAGAUGUUGACUGGGGAAAGCCAGCCAGCCGUCUGAGCAAGGGAGAAAAACCUUCUCAAGCUAAACUACAACCCGGGAAGCUGCAGCCCACUCCUUCCCAUGGAAUCUAAACACCAUCUCAGGCUAAGUGAAUGGAUACUGUAUUCAGAGAUGACUUCCUGGCAUGGAAGUUCAAUCUCAUAAUAUGGAAAUAAUAAAUUCUCUGAGAUACAUUCAUCUAAUCUGUGGUAAUAUAAGAAUCUGUCUGCCAAGAGGAUAGGUUGGUAUUUUUGGACUCCCAAGCCAAGAAAAAGCUAAUUCGGGGGAUAGAAUGAUAAAAGAAUCAAGCACUAAAAAUAAUUGCUGAAUCUUUUUUUGUUUUGGCCAGUUGUGGUCUGCUUGUCAAUUUGUUGACAGGUCAUCUGGACCAUAGUUCUUAUUAUGGCUGCUUAUAAGACAAUUUAGAAGGUAUUGGACCUUGAAACUUCCUUUCCUAAGUAGAGAACAAAACAAUACAACUAUGCUGAAGUGCUGAGGACAUUUGUAGUCACUCCUAAACAGAGAGACAAAAUAGAGAUUUUCAGUCAUAAGCUUGGUGACAGCAUUUGGAAAAUAGAAGGGUUUGUGUGUGUUUCAGCCUAGAAGAAGAAGAGAGGUAUAUACAUAUAUAUGCCCAUGUGUUGUCAUAUAGCAUGAUUUCUUCAGUUGAUGGAUGCCUGGUUUGGAUCAUUAAGAUGAAGAGACUAAUUUACAUUAUAAUCUUUUUAACAACUGAAAGAGAAGUCUGAGAUUUGGUCUUUGACACUUUCUGGAAAGCACUGUUCAAUCAAGCUGUCCUGGAUGUUCUCCAGGUUACCUCCUACACUUAAAAACAUAGAUGUUGGCUUCACUCGUGCAAGAGCUUUGUGCUGGCCCCAGAAAACAGACAUUCUCAUGUUUCCCAUGGCAGCUGACUAGUUGGUGCCAGCUUCCAUUUGCUUCCCCCUUUCUCCACAUCCCUUGUACAGCAAGGUUUUCACAUUGCAUCUACAUUUUGGGGACAAAUUACAGACUGGAACUAGAGAUGCCUAUAGUGUAAGGAAUUGGGCUACAGUUCCUAGAAUGGGUUGUGUCUCAUUUCUCUAAUUGCAUUAAGAGAGAAAAAAUAUUUCACUCUCUAAAGAAAACAUCAUAAGCAUUGUAAUGGUCUAAAUAGAGGUACAGAGCUAUGCAAAGAAAGCAGGAAGUGAAAUAUAUUUCUAAUUCCUGGAAUCGAAUCAUCUCCUGGCUUCCAGAUGUUAGAAUGGAGGACUUAUUCUUUGGUAGACUCACUAGAAACUUCCAGCUCAUAACAUGAUUUUUACAUGUUAACUUUAUCCAGUAAUCCCCAAAUUUGUCAAAUGACAGAUUACUAAAAACAAUGAGAAAUUUAUAUCCCUAGGUUUGUUUAGGAAUCUUUAAGGUGCAGAGUUCAGUUCAGACCUAAUUUCUAGUACUUAAGCCAAUAUUUCAAAAAUGCUAUUUAUUUAUAUCUGUAAGUUUGUACAUAAUAAUUCCAGCCUCAUUGUUUCAGAAUUUUUUCAUGCAUUUGAGUUUUGCUUAAAAUUAAAUGCUUCAGUUGUCAUUGCAUUUCAGCUCAUUCAUGGCCCUUUUAUUGUGGUCAUUUUUAGCACACCAUAAUAACCCACAAAGUGGGGGUGGGGCGAUUAAAGUUUGGAUUUUUUAUUUGUUGCUAGAAAUCCUUUUAUUCAUUUUUCCUUUUGACUGUAGUGGUGACUUAGAUAUAUUCAAUAGAAAGAGUGAAUGGAUGAGUGAAUAAUUGGUUUAAUACAUAGUUAAUUCAUGAAUGCUUUUUUUUUUUCUUUUUGAGGGUAAUUGUAUGUAUUUUAAUUGUAUUGGUACAUUGAACAUGUCAGUGUGUAUAUCACUGGACCAACAACAUUUUUGGCUAUUGAGUGCCUGAUAAUAAUGUCUUGAUUUUCCUUGGGGACUCAAUUAUAUAUAUUUUCUCCUCAGCGGUAGGGGGAGUACAGGUGAUCUAAUCAUUGAUGUCAUUGCAAUUGUUAUUUUUAAAAAUAAAUUUAUGAAAAAGU